UAAAUUUAAAUCAGUUCGUGGCGGGGCUAGCGAACACAGCGAUACUCCGCGCCGCGUUCUCAUCGAUUUCGACGCUCUUCACGGUGUCUUCGGCUGAUUCGAGAAACUUCUGCUGGGAACAAUCGCUGGACCACGCUGCGUGCCGAUAUCCCCGGCUAUUGUUCAUUUCGGUUGGUGCUUCGACUUCGUCCAUCGAUCGGUUCAUCGCCGAUUCGAGAGAUGGUAGAAUGAAAGGGUGUGCGCGUUGGGUGUUGCUCGUUGCGCGAAUCGCUGCAAGUAAUUAGGUUACGCUAUGGCCCUCAAAAUGAACGCAAGGCUGUUCGCAUCUGUCCUCGUCGUGCUCAAUUUAUUCAUAAUCGUUCCUCGCAGUUGCGGUGCAUUGCGUCCAAUUAAGAUCGGUGCGAUCUUUCAUGCAGGGGACGAAGAGUACAUGAAUGCGUUCAAAAAGGCGGUGAUCGAGACGAAAUCGGAACACAUCGCACCCUCGUUCAAGGUGGAAACUAGUAUAAAGCAAGUAGAGGUUAAUACUGACAGCUUCAAAACCGCCGCCGCUGCUUGCAAACUUUUGGAGGAGGGCGUGGCGGCGAUCUUUGGACCUUCGAGCCCCUACACUUAUGGAAUCGUAGCUAGCAUCGCGGCCAGGUUCGAUGUGCCUCACAUCGACUAUUUCUGGAGACAAAAUGAAGAGCUCCAGGCGGAUCAAGAGCCGAAAAAUCCGAAACCGAUGACUAUCAACUUCUUUCCCGACAGCGAGAUGGUCGGCCAGGCGAUCGCCGACGUGGUCGAAUCCAUGAAGUGGACCACUUUCGCGGCCGUCUACCAAAACAACGACGGCCUGUCGCGGAUUCAAAAGGCCCUGUCUCUGAGACGAAAGAAGGACACUGCGGUGACGAUAAGAAGGUUGGGGGAGGGGCCGGAUUUUCGUCCAAUAUUGAAGGAGAUUCGCGCCAUGUCGAUCUGCAACGUGAUCAUCGACGUCGAGCCGAGGAACAUCAUCGAUGUGCUCUAUCAGGCGAAGGAGGUCAAGCUGUUGGCGGAGUACUGUAAUUUCUUAAUUACUUACCUGGAUUCGGCAAAAUUGUCCUUGUGGGAGGUGCGGGAAGAAUCAACGAUCAAUAUUACUGGACUGAAUUUGCGAAACGAGGAAGGAAACGAGGUGGAAGGAAUUAAUUGGGUGGAAUCGGCCAUUUUAUAUGAUUCCGUCUUCCUGGUGUAUAACGCGUUAGAAACUUUAAACGCAAGGAAUCAGGAUAACACAGAGGGUGAAACUAUUGACCCAGUACCGCUCUCUUGUGAAGGAGAAGAGAAAUACAACGCAGGUCCCAACAUUACCAACGUGAUACGCGAGCUAUCCAAAGAGGGAAAGAUCACGGGGCCGAUUACAAUCGACGAAAAUGGUCAACGUCAAUUCUUCAAGUUAAAGAUCAUAGACGUGAGACCAGACGAGAGCGUGGAAAUAGGAUAUUGGGAUCCAGAGGGUCUUCACACGGCCGACAACGAAAAGGAACGGGAGAGUUAUUUGUACAAAUCUAUCGAACAGAAGAAAUUCAAGAUUAGCACCAAAUUAGGUCCACCGUACGUAAUGGAAGUGACAGACAGCGCGACUCGAGGAAUACUGAUCGAACAAACGCGUUACGAAGGGUUCUGCAUCGAUCUCAUCGAGGAGAUUGCCAAACUGUUAAAUUUUAAAUAUGAGUUCGAGCUGGUGCCGGACGGCAAUUACGGCACGUUGAACAAGGAAACGAAACAAUGGAAUGGCCUGAUUAGACGUUUACUGGAUCAUGAUGCGGAUCUGGCUAUUUGCGAUCUGACAAUUACGUACGAGCGCGAGAGCGCGGUCGAUUUUACAAUGCCGUUCAUGAACCUAGGUAUCAGCAUUUUAUACAGGAAACCGGAGGAGAAGGAACCGGAUCUGUUCUCGUUUCUGUCGCCGUUGUCAACCGACGUCUGGAUUUACAUGGCGACCGCUUUCUUAGCAGUUUCGAUAAUGCUGUUUCUACAGGCCAGAAUGGCGCCAGGCGAAUGGGACAAUCCGCAUCCGUGCAACCCGGAUCCGGAGGAAUUGGAAAAUAAUUUCGACUUGAAAAACUCCAUGUGGCUCACUGUCGGCUCCCUCAUGCAACAGGGAUCCGAUAUACUUCCCAAAGCACCCUCCAUCCGAAUGGUGGCCGGUAUGUGGUGGUUUUUCACCCUGAUAAUGGUCUCCUCUUACACCGCCAAUUUGGCCGCCUUCCUCACGGUCGACAAGAUGGACAAUCCGAUUAAAGGUGUCGAAGAUCUCGCUAAGCAGACGAAAAUCAAGUACGGAGCCGUGGCUGGUGGAUCCACGUCCGCUUUCUUCAGGGAUUCCAAUUAUUCGACCUAUCAACGCAUGUGGGCGGCCAUGCAGGAAGCGAGGCCGAGCGUGUUCACCAAGAGCAACGACGAGGGUGUCGAUCGGGUGUUGAAGAAACGCGAUUACGCUUUCCUCAUGGAAUCCACCACGAUCGAGUACAGAAUGGAGAGGAACUGCGAUCUCGACAAGGUCGGAGGGCUCAUCGAUAACAAGGGAUACGGUAUCGCGUUGCCGCGAAAUUCACCGUAUAGAACGCCCAUAAGCGGGGCGAUACUGAUGCUGCAAGAGAAAGGGGUGCUCCAAGAUCUGAAGAAGAAGUGGUGGGAGGAGCGAGGCGGUGGUUUGUGCUCGAAAAUCGAAGUGGAGCCGACAUCGUCCAGCGAAUUAGGAUUGGCCAACGUCGGUGGUGUCUUCUUGGUCCUUCUGAUCGGAUGUUGCGGCUCGUUCAUCAUCGCCGUCUUUGAAUUCCUGUGGAAUGUACGAAAGGUUGCCGUGAAGGAGAAGGUUACGCCAUGGGAGGCGCUGGUAGCAGAAUUGAAAUUCGCCGUGAAUAUUUGGGCGGAGACGAAACCCGUUAAAAUCUCUAAAAGCAGCGGCACGAGUUCGAUGGAGGAUGGGAUCGGUCGGGCUGCCUCCACGGCCCGCUCAAUCGUCGGCUCGUUCCUCCGCCUCGACAUCCUCGACAAAUUCGAUAAAGAUAACAGUACCAACAACCGCAGUAACGAUCGCAAGAUCAAUUAAAAUUCCAUCCACCAUUGUACUAUUAUUAUACCGAUUAAGAUCGUUACGUUUAACAAAUUGGGAACUGGACGAGUUCACGCUUCCGCUUCUAGAUCAUUUGCCACAUUUCUUCAAACGUGACGUUGAAGCACGAAAUAUAGUAUAAUUCUAUUUUCUAUAAAUAUCGGAUUAGCGAUUUAAUCUCAUCUCGUAAAUUACGACGUUCAUUUAUUCUUCUUAUUAUCGAAUCGAAGUGUAAGCGUUAAUCGAGAAAAAAAUAAGAUAAGAUUUGUUGUUCUGUCGACAAUUACAGGAAAAGAAAAUAUUAUUUAGACCAAGAUCUAUUCUUUUCCUUUUUUCUUUUCGCAAUUAGAAAUUUCUUCGCUCGUAUCGCGAAUAUUAAUGACAAGUAAAAGAUAGAAGGAAAAAAGAGUUCGUCGGAUAAUUUGAAAGGCGGGCAACGGACGGAAAAAGAAGAAGAAGAAGGGAAGGAAAUCUUGUUUCUCAUGGCACCGCGCAUAAAGUCGUCAAGUCUUCUACGAUGGUCGCAAAAUGGCGACGUCAUGGAACGGCAGAAAUCUCCGCUGUAGGUCCGGUAGGAAAGGAAUCCAACAAUAUUUGGACUCCGGUCACAAUGGCGCUAACGAACCGUGGCCUUGGUUUGGAAGAUUUUCGUCCCGAGAGAUCAGCUGCGGGAUCACCCAUGUGUACCAGUACCCUGCCGGCAUCUUUGUGUCAUUAUUAUCGAGGGACGUUUCUAACCGUUUCGAUCGCCGUCGACAACACACUUUCAACUUUACCGCCACUUUGUCGCCCGCGUCGAAGUCGAACUCGACGAUCAACAACUGGUCCCCCCGAUGAUCUCGUGAUUGAUUCGAUCGAUCCAUCUCUCCUCCGUAUUUUCAUCUCUUUUGGGAAACUCGAGGAGCGUUUAUUUAAUGCCCGAUGUGAACCUGUCGAUUAUUAGAAUCGAUUUGUCAAAGAUUUCUCACGAAUAAAGAUUCGUUUCUUCGUUUU